UUAUAUUAUGUCAGUGACGCAGUAAAAUGUAGUGCACGCAUACAACCCAUGACUAAUCGUGGAAAUGCGCAUUUCCGGUAGUGUUAGCCCAUAUCAUAUGGAUAUGGACGGUGGACAUUCAUUUAAGUGUUAAAAUAGGCAAAACAAUGGGGGUCGAUAUCCAAACAUAUCGCUGUAGAAUCGGAUUAGUCUGCAUCAAGAAUAGUCUCAGAAGCUCUGGAGGCAGGACAAGAUGCAAACCUGAGGAGGCAAAUGGAAGCAAUAUUAAACCACUACUUAUGGUUAUGCUUGUAUUAUCGAUGACGUUUCCAAAUGAAAUGUUUGACUUGACGAGUGAUCUAACAAAUACUUUCUCGAAACAUGAUGCCAAUUUAAACGAACGUUUGGAAGCGUUGUUGUCCAACAUGCAUAUCACACAACACAUCAAUCCUGUAGCGCAUGGUCAUUCCAAGGACUUUAUGCCUCAUGUUUCUGUGACACAAAAUUGUGUAAGAAGCUUGAACAAGACGAUGUUUGGGUCGGAAUAUCAAAACGCAAUAACACUUAGAGUCAUACGAACCCAUUUAGCGAUUUCUGGCGUUGAACCAAAUCCAGGGCCUGGAAGUCCAAGUUCCGAAGAAAACGAGCAGCAGACAAACGAUUCGACGGAUCCAACGCAGCAAAACAGUGGCGAAGACUACAAUUCUGACGCACAUGCAGACCAACCACGCCUUAACCAGACGACAACGAACACAGACACGGAACGUAUAAUCUAUUCGAGGACGACGCAGGCUAUCGUAACUCAAUACCCGAAACGACACAACGAAUGCGUUCACAAUACGCAAGAGCAGUCUCAACAACAACAAAGUUACACAGACGUACGUUAUUCUGCAAUGUACGAGAAGUACCGAACAUUCCAAUCGCGUCUAAACACCUUUCGGAAUUGGCCAUCCAACCGAAAUCAGAUGCCAGAUGAAAUGGCAGAGGCAGGGUGGUGGUACACGGGUAAAGACGAUGUUGUUUGUUGUUUUGCCUGUGGUGAGAGCAUGAUGGAAUGGCAACCAGAAGACAGUCCCUGGAUCGAACACUGUAAAUUCAGGAACUGUCCGCAUUUACGGGAGUUCAAAGGCGAUGGAUUUAUAAAUUUUCAUCAACUGACAGAUAACCCUGCUGCUAAUACUGCGACGAACCAAGUUGCGUUUGACGAUACGACUGUUGAAGGGCCUCUUCGCAAUCAUAAAACACAAACACAGUCCGUUGUGGAGGACCAUAUUAACAUAUAUGUUAGCGAAAUCAGAUUGCCAGAUCCUGCACUGUUACAACCAGGAAACGAGUAUAAUAUCCAACAGACUCACAACAUUCCGAAAUGUCUUAACGCUCAGGAGGUCAGCCGUAUCCAACAGUUUACCAAUCAUACCGACACCUUGCGUGCUUUACAUGAGGAUGAGAAUGACACUGCUGUGUUGUUUGACGCUAAUAUUCAGGACGUUCUAGAGAACUGUAACAUCCAACAAGGCAAAAGAGAUCAAGAUAGCGAGAAUAGCGAUACACUUGUAGAGAAUUUACAAGAGAGGAAUUCGAGUGGACGCCGGAGUCGUUUUACGUGUCAUUUCUGCCAAAUAAACAUAGUCAACGCGCUGUUCCUACCAUGUAGACAUCUCAUGUACUGCACGGACUGUACACGACACUGUAAUAGGUGUCCAGACUGCAAUAGAAGGAUUAUGGAGCGGAUUCAGGUUUAUAUGAAAUGAUAGGGCGUGAAAAAGACCUCAUAUAGUAUUGUCAAAUCAAGAAAAACAUCAAACUAUUACUGGUGUAUGUAAACAAACAUAAAGCGUAUUUUAAAUGGUUGGUGUGAUAGCGAUCACAAUGGAUAGUUCACGUUAAAUCGUAGAACAGGUUCUAUGCAAUACCGACGCCAGCUAUUUAGUAUUGUGUCCACUUUUUCCGAGUUGAGGAUACGAAUAUUUUUGCCGACCAUUGCUUAGUUGAUAGAAAAUUUGAUUGCUCUUUUGCGUUUAAAGUUAACAAAUAGUCAAUCAAUUAUUGUAUUGUCUACUUAAGUUGUAUUAUCUAAAAAAUAGUUGUGGAACAAUGACCAUUGGCAUGACCAAAUCCUGUAAGCAUAGUUUAUGUGGAGAUGCCUCUCUUUGUUAUUUAAACGUGAAAACAUGAAGUAAUGCUAGCUCACAACACAAUUGUUAUGAAAAAACAGGUUUUUUUCCCAAAUGUGCUGAACACUUUUUAAAAAAAGUAAACUGAAUAAAUAAAAAGGUUAUAAACAUAAAGAAACAAAAGGAUACUAAAUAAAAAUAUGUAUUUGACAUAUUGUUAGUUAGUAUCCUUUUGUUUUAUGAUAUAAGUUGUGUAUACGAAAACAUAAAUUAGAUAACGAUUGGACACACAUCCGAAAAUUAGAACAAACCAGCUCAAUAUGAACAAUAUGCUCAAAUAAUCAGCAGGAAUCCACCGUCCAAUAUUUAUCUGAGCACGUUUGAACAAAAUUCCAAAAGCGUUUACAACCCAAACAGUUUGUUUUGCAUGCAUGUUGAUGAUGUUAUUUCUUUCUUGGAACGGUUCGAAACGGACGAGUUUUAUGUAAAGUUUGAUGAAUUAAAUGAACGUUUUUUACUAUAACUAAUUAAUAACUGUUUU